CUUGAGGUGAUGCUCACUGUAUCCAAAGCUGCAGAAUGCUGCUUUCUGCACCAGUUGCAUAGAAGUUAAAUUCUUUUAGCAGCAGCAUUUUGAGGGAUACCGCUAGGAAAAUGACUGCUUGGUCCAGGCAGUGUUCUGGAGAGUGGCAGGCUUCUAAAUAGUUUGGAGGGGUGUGUGUGUGACACCAGGUGUUUCCUUAAGGUGCUGUGUUGGAUUGUGAUCGUUCCUUACAUUCUAGCGCCAAGGUCACAUUUAUUUCAUGGAAAUGUGGUGUUGUACUUCUGAAUGACCCUGCAGGUUUUGUCUAAUAUGUAUUUUCAGCCUAGAUGAUGGAGCCUUGAAUUUACUUCAGCUGAGCUGUGCUUUUUUUUCCUUUUUCUCUGUUCUGGUGAGAUCGUCAGAGGAGAUCAAAAGAGAUGUUUUUAGCUUAGAUGUUGUUUUGCUGCUAGUAAGCAAACUUUCCUUUUUGGUUUUUGAAAUAACUAAUUUCCUGCCUGCUUUCUGUCUAAGGCAGAGUGCAUUAAAGAAGCACUUCAGAUAAGAGAUUAAGUUGCAGACUUUGCUGUUUUGAUUGGGUGUUGCUAGGCACAGAUUUACAAAGUUAUUCAUUACAGUGGGGAGAGAGAGAAUGAGGCAGUUAAGACCUUGGGAUCAGUUAAUCAAAAUAUAAAAGUGAAUAAGAUCUGUAGUUAAGUUAAACUGUCUUUGUACUCGGUUCUCAUUUGACCAUAUCACUUUUUCUUUUAAACAAUUUUUUGCAAAAUGUUCUAGUACUUCUGGACUGGUUAUGUUACUGCAGUGGGUGUUCUCAGAUGCUUCCUGUCUGCUGCUUUUUGAUAUUAGUUGAACUGAAAACAUAUGUACAUAGUACCCUGCUGUGCACAUCAGAAAUGGCAUCAUGAAAUUGGCAUGCAUAAAUAACUUUCAGAUUGCUUUUUAUGGGUCUUUUUUAUGAGUUGGACACUGCAGAUGGGAAUUAAAAUCCUGAUUCAAGAAUAGCAUUCAUUAUACAGAUACACUUGGUGGUAGCAGUGGGAGUCUUGAGAGCCAUGCCUCCAGGGUACUACUCCCAGUUUCCAGGUUGGGUUCUGAUUUGCUCUGUGACUUGGGAUAAAUCACAAGUGGUCUCCGCAUGGCCCCGCUGAAUCUAGACUUUGUGAACCUGUGAAAUGGCAGUAAUGGAAAUUGCUUGCCAAGGAGCUCCUGACCCAACUGUCAGGCAACAGAAGGAGCUCGCAGCCGCUAAAGGGCUAAAUGAAACAGCAGGCGAGAAGCAGAGCAGUGUUUGCAAAGUAGAAGAGCCAAGCAAAGGUGCCUUUCCCACCCAGUGGAAGAUCCUGAAUGAUGUGAUCACCAAGGGAACAGCAAAAGAAGAGACGGAAGGAAGCUCUGCAUCCAUUUCUAUCAUUGCCCAAGCAGAAUGUGAGAACAGUCAAGAGUUCAGCCCAACAUUCUCAGAGAGACCUUUCAUUGCUGAUAGCAAACGUUACAGCCGGUCAGACAGUCUUGAUCAAAUUCCUAACAAUGUGGCUCAUGCAACUGAGGGGAAAAUGGCACCUGCCUGUUGGAGGGCAAGGCAUCGCGGCAAAGCUAGGAAGAAACGGCACAAAAAGAAGUCCAGGCUCAGAAUACAGACAAUGGUCUCUACUAAGCAAGGACCCAGAACACCAGAACAAGAAAGCUGUAUGCCGAUUCCGGUCCAGGAAGAUGAAACCCCCCAAAAUACUUUCUUCAGUAAUGGCUCCUGGUUUUCAGAACUGUGCAAAGAUUCGGUCUGCAAUCAGUUCCCAUUUGAGAAAUCUGGAAAGGUGCUACCCACAGGCAAACUCCCUUCACUAAGGAACCAACAUGCACCACGUUUGCACAAGUUGAUAAGCCCAAUUCAGUACCUUAAUCAUGUUUGGAAGCCUCCCUGUCAGAGGAAUCAUCUGCCUCAGCCAGAGACACUCCAUCCCUUCCCCUAUAAUAUAUUACAGCCUGGCUUCCCAGCUCUGGACAGUUCUCUUCAUGCCAUGAAACUGAAUGCUCUAGAGACAUACCUCCAGGGUGAUUUGGCCUAUGUGGAUUGUGGGCAUCAUUUACCUGGCCUACGAUCAGAAUGCAGCUUCCCAAACUGUGUCAGCCAGUCCAUGAAAACCAGCACGGACAAACUUUCUGUGGAAGAAUACCUGGUGGAUGCCUUAAAAGGGAGUGUGAGUCUCGGUGAGCCGCGAAACUUAGCCAGCCUAGCCAAGACGUGGAGAGGAGGCAGUCUGGAUUCAAAGGAGCAGUUUCAAGAGGCAAAUGAAAGUGAAGGGGUCCUGCUUAAUGAGAAACUAAAGCCAGUGGAUUACGAGUACCGAGAAGAUGUUCACUGGACCAAGUGCCAUGGCUCCCUGGGUGUUGGCUCUUUCGGGGAUGUGUACAAAAUACAGGACAAACAGACGGGAUUUCAGUGUGCUGCCAAAAAGGUGCAAGUCGAACACUUUCGUGCAGAGGAGUUAACGACAUGUGCUGGGGUGACGAGUCCCAAAGUUGUCCCUUUGUAUGGAGCAGUCAGGGAAGGUCCUUGGGUUACAAUAUUCAUGGAGCUAAUGGAAGGUGGCUCACUUGGGCAGCUAAUUAAACAGACGGGUUAUCUGCCGGAGGACCGAGCCCUCAGUUACCUGGAGCAAACACUAGAGGGGCUGAAGCAUCUUCAUGCUUGCAACGUUCUGCAUGGAGAUGUAAAAGCGGACAAUGUGCUCUUAUCCAGUGAUGGAAGCAGGGCUCUCCUCUGUGACUUUGGUCAUUCUGCUCACCUUCAUCCGGAUGGCUUGGGGAAACGCUUGGUGACAGGGGACUACGUGCCUGGCACAGAGACACACAUGGCUCCAGAAGUAGUAAUGGGCAAGCGCUGUGACUCAAAGGUGGAUGUCUGGAGUAGCUGCUGUAUGAUGCUACAUAUGCUCAAUGGCUGUCAUCCUUGGACCCAGUAUUAUAAUCAUCCUCUGUGCCUGAAGAUAGCAAAGGAACCACCUCCUCUGAGGGAAAUCCCGCCUACCUGUAGUCCUCUCACGGCUGAGGUCAUUAAAGUGGGGCUGGAGAAGGAACCAGUUAAAAGAGCUUCUGCAGCUGAAUUGAAGGCUAAAGCUGAUACUGCACUUGAGCAGUUGGGAGGUGUGACAAGCCCCUGGAGGGGGGAGUACAGAGAACCUAGAUGCUUGUCUCUGAACCAAGAAAACAAUCCACAAACUUCCCUGUCCUCAACAAUUAACCCAGUUUCUGAGACUGCUUCUGGCCCAGACUUGGCAGUCAGUGCUCCCUGUGUAAGUCGAAGCCUGCAGCCACCAUCUCUGGAACUGUCAGAAGAGACUGCGAGAACCUCUUGGAAUCUGUGUAAGGAGUUCCUUGGGGUCUGUGAUCCCACUCCUGUCCUCACCAAAAGCAGCAGCUAUGCAGAACGAGCAAUGACUGUUUCAGAACAGGAGCUUCAACAGUUGGAAAUAGAAUUAUUUUUGAACAGCCUGUCACAGCCGUACUCUCUGGAGGAGCAAGAGCAAAUGCUUUCAUGUCUCAGUAUUGACAGUCCCCUUGCAUCUGAUGCCAGUGAGAAGAACUCCCUGAAGGCCUCUCAGAGCCUGAAGGACACCAUGAGCUCUGGAAUUCACUCCUGGAAUAGCCAGUCAGAUGGACAGAGCUUCAGUUGGAAUAACCUGCUGUAUCGCAGUCGACACACAGACACUCCCAGCUAUUUCAAUGGAGUGAAAAUCCAGAUCCAGCUGCUAAGUGGAGAAAACCUACAUAUCCGAGACUUUCACAGGACAAAGGUUGGAGACAUUGCCACAGGGAUAAGCGGCCAGAUCCCAGCCUCCGCUUUCAGCCUUGUUACAAAGGAGGGACAGCCUGUUCACUAUGACAUGGAGGUCCCAGAUUCUGGUAUCGAGCUACAGUGUACCCUUGCCCCUGACUGCAGCUUCAGUUGGACCUGGAGAGUCAAGCAUGGUCAGCUGGAGAACAGGCCAUAAGGCCUCUGGCUUUGGAAUUUGUUACCUCAAAGUAUGGAACAGCAGAAACCCACAACUGCCUCUGUUAAUUCACCAAGUGUCAAGAUUUGUGUUUUCUACUGAAAUAGGAUGGGAGUGUUGUUGCUUCUUGCUCUAGUGCCUUGGCUUCUUGCUAUCUGUCCACAUCCUGUCUCUAGGCACAUGCUGUACUUAUAGUGUGAUCUCCAGAGCCGGGGAAUCACUCUUGCUUUAAGUAUGUUUAUAAUUGAGAUUGGGAACACAGAAGUUCCUGACUGAUUUUCAGAGGAAUAGGAUUGUGUUUUCCAGGAAAACGCCAGUGGUUCAGGAACUUCCUAGAGGAAGAAAGCUGUGGUCAUGUAUGUGGUGGUAGAGGUGCUAUCCAGUGAUGGAUAAACUCCUUGCUGCCUGAGGCCUAGAGCAGGGGAGAAUCUUGGAUGCUGUAGCUGGCUGGGCUGGGGCAAAAGGAAAAUUGUCAAACCCUUCGCAGCAGAUUCUUUCAAGGCUGUUUUGACAAGAGUAAAGGGUUUGUGUCCCUUCCCAAAAGAGCUUUCCUUUUCUGAUCUCAGUAACUUCUGCUUCAUUGCCUCUGAUCCACAUGCUAACAUCUAGCAUUACCUUGUCCUUUCAUCAUUAUAAGCAGCAGAUGUCGGGAAAAUGCGUAAUGGUCUAGAGCAGUGGUGCUCGAGCUUUUGGCCCCAUGGGCCAACUGAGUGGUAUGAGGCUGAAUUAGGCCUUGUGCUGUCUCCACUUGUCCCCAUGGUCCCAGAUUGGGCCUCAUGCGUUGGUUGGCCUUUGUGCACUGAGAUCAAGCUCUUGUGGCCUGUGUCACCCCUGCCUGGCCCUGCGUGCUGGGAUCAGGACCUGGUGGCCUGUGCCACCCCAACCCAGCCACACGUAUGGGAUCAGACCUUGGGGCCUAGCACUGCCCCUGCACAGUCCUGUGAUCAGGUGCCCAAUCUAGCAUGCAGGGCCUGGGGCUCCCCAUGGGACUGGAAAUUUAGCAGCAGGAGAACAGUGCCAACAGUGCCCUGGUGUUGCCAAGUUUUCAGACCUGCGGGGAGCCCCGUGGGCUGGAUGGCAUGGCGCUGGGGGUUGAGUACUUCUAGUUUAGUACAUUAAGUUGAAACCAGGGUGUCUUGAGAUCCUUUUAAGUGUUGCCAUGGGGUGCUGCACAGUAUUAACACUUGAAUGGACAAACACCUACACAUGAUUUAACAAGAAGUGCAAAGUGCUGCACCUAAGGAGGAAAAAUGUCCAGCACACCUACUGCCUAGGAGAUGACCUGCUCAGCAGCACAGAAGUGGAAAGGGAUC